GUUUCACGAAGUUGCAGAGUCGAUAGUAAAAGUGGUGGAGCGUCACCUACUUCUGAUCGCAUAUGAACGAAAAUCUACAACCGAUCGACAUGAAUAUCUCGUGCUUCGCUCGCGCUGCGAUUUCGUUGAUUUUUCUCACGUCUAUCGCCAAAGCCGGUCCGAUAAAAUUGGACAGCGAUGGUGGUGUCAAUUGGGGAAUUCGAACGGCUGGGGAAAUUACCGACUCACCAUUCGUCGCUCAAAUUCGACUUGCUGCGAACGGAAGUCUGAUCUGUAGCGGUGCGAUUUUUAAUCAUCUUUACAUUCUAACCACAGCGAGCUGCAUCGAAGGAUACGCUCCCGAUGAACUGUUCGUUGUCGUUGGAUUGACGGAAUUGAAUGAUGGGACUUCCUAUUUCCUCGACGAAAUCAAACCACACGAGGGAUACAGUAAAAACGGAAUCAGUCGUUCGAACGACAUCGCCAUGCUCAAGCUCGCACGGUACCUCAAAUACAACGAGGAGGUUCGACCGAUUCGAGUUCCCGAAACAUGGGAGUCGGGAUUAGAAAUCGCGGAAGGAUCGACGGCCAUCGUCAACGCGUGGACGGCGUACAAAGUGCUGAGAAAAUUUCUGCAGACGGUUUCCAGUAUCGCGUAUUGCAGAAUGUCCUAUUCGGCGCUCGAUCUCCCAAUCAGCGAAUUUCUCUUAUGCGCGACCACCCCACCGAAGGAGAACGACGAGCAUGGUAACUCCGGUUCCGCUUUGGUUCAAGAUUCGAAACUCAUUGGACUCAUGUCGUGGUUUGUCGACGGACAUCCUGACGUCUACACCCGCGUUUCAUUGUUCGCCAAAUGGAUCGAUGAACACAAUUUGGAAUAAAUUGCGGUACGACGAGCGCCGUUAUCCCGCACAAUUUUCACCGGAACUCCUUUAUUCUGUUCAGUGUUUUCUUCUUUUUUCAUUUUUAGCAUUAAAAAUUUCCUUACGUACAAAUAUACGUUUAUAUACAUGAAAGUACAAUUCCAUUGUGAAAAAUAAAUUGUUGCAGAAUUUAUGAAAUA